GCGGAAGCGUAAAUCUUCAUAUCUCAGAUUCACGCCAUUUCAACGAUCUUUCUUCCUAUCCAAUCCUUCAGCGUUAUUCUAAAUAUCUUAUAAUGGAUACUCAGCCGACGAAAGUGAAGAAGGGCGCCGCCGGCAGGAAAGCAAGUGGCCCGAAGAAGAAGUCCGUCACUCGUUCCGUCCGCGCCGGACUCCAAUUCCCGGUGGGAAGAAUCGGCCGCUACCUGAAGAAGGGCCGUUAUGCCCAACGCGUCGGUACCGGAGCUCCGGUUUACCUGGCUGCCGUUCUUGAAUACUUGGCCGCCGAAGUUUUGGAGCUGGCCGGAAACGCAGCCCGGGAUAACAAGAAGAACAGGAUCAUCCCAAGGCAUCUUCUGUUGGCCGUGAGGAACGACGAAGAGCUCGGGAAGUUGCUGAGCGGAGUAACCAUCGCCCACGGCGGCGUGCUGCCAAACAUCAACCCUGUCUUGCUACCAAAGAAGAAGGAGUCCGAUGCCGCCGGUAAGGAACCUAAAAAGGCCGGCAAGUCUCCGAAGAAGGCUGCUGCUUAAACGGCUUUAUAGUUGUGGAUUUGUUACUGUAAUUCCAGUGGAAAUGAUAAAGGCUUAUAUUUUGUACUCUGUAAACGUUGGAUUGGUUAUUAAUGAAGCUUCAUUUCUCUAUUUAUGGCGUUUUAUUGUUUAGUUGUGAGAAGAUUGAGAAGAGAUUUGUUGAAAUAACGUAGAACUCUUACGGAACAAUCAAUAUAAACAAAAAAGUUACUCAAAA